AAAUGGCGGACGAGGGCGCAAAUUUAGCUGGUGUUAAAGUCGAUCAGGAACAUUGUGAUUUUGUCGAUAUUAUUGAACUUGGCUUUUUAGAAAAAGUAGAAGACCCUGUUACACUGACAAGCCCUUUUUUCCCGAGUAAAAUUGGAGGGAAACCGGCGUGGCUUGCAUUAUCUGAACUGCCCUCGCAGAUUCUUUGCAAAAUUUGCGAAAAACCAUUGGUUUUUUUGCUUCAAGUUUACACUCCUGCAGAUGAUGAAAAAAGUCCCGCAUAUCAUCGAACGGUCUUUGUUUUUUGCUGUCGAAAUGGUUCAUGUUACAAAUCGAACUGUAAUAAAAGUCUCAAGGCAUUUCGAUGUGAACUUCCCAGAAGUAACGACUUCUACCCAGCCGUCUCGAGUUUCCAAGAUCAGGACAAAAUAUUCCAGGAAUUUAAGGAUAAGAAAGCCGGGGCGGGUGCUAGCUGGACAAAGUUAUGCGAGGUUUGCGGAUGCAGGGGUGAAAAGUUGUGUAGCAAGUGUCGUCAAGUGAGUUAUUGCAGCAGAGAUCAUCAAACUGUUGAUUGGAAAACUGGACACAAACUAGUAUGUGGUAAUGCAGAACAACAGAGGCAGCCAGGUGCUAUACAUGACAAAACAACAGUAGUUGAACUAAGAUUUGCAUUUAUAGGCUCUCCAGGAAAGGUUUCAAACGUUCUCUUUCCUGAGUUUGAACUUGUGACGGAACCUGAGGAAAUUGAUGGAGAAAUUCAGGAAUGUGGAAAUGAAAAUGAUAUGGAAAAGUAUAAAGACAUUUUGAAGGAUAAUGAAAAGGAUAAUGCAGGAGCUAAAAAUGAUUGGGAUUCAUUGGAAGCUGAGAGCAAGAAGAUAAACGAUGUUGUAGAGGACAAAACAUAUUGUGAAUUUAAGAAACGAAUUUCAUAUGAACCAGAACAGGUCUUGCGCUAUCAACAGCAUGGAAAUCCACUCUGGGUAUCAAAGUUGAAUAUCCCUAAAGAAACUGACAUACCAAAGUGUUCUUGUGGGGCUACUAGAACUUUUGAGUUUCAGAUACUGCCACAGUUGUUGAACAAUAUGAAUUGUGACUCAUUGGGAGCUAGCAUUGACUGGGGCACUCUGGCAGUUUAUACUUGCUCUAGAAAUUGCAACAGCAAUGGAACUUCUUACUACGAAGAAUUUGUUUGGAAGCAGGACUUUUCAGAAACUGGACUUCCUGCUGAUAUCCUAUCACAACUUCAAAAAUAA